GUGUAGAUUACCGGGUACGACGCUGGUUUCACAAACGAGAGGAAAUUCGGGCUCGGAUAUAUUUCUACUUUUCUUCCUUUUUAUUUACAUAACAUACGAACCUCGUUAAUUCCUUUACGCUUCAGCCUUUUUUACUUUUAGACCAAAAAUCAAUCUCAAAAAAAAAAAAAACUCUCCUCAAAAUUCUUCCAAACCAAGGCAAUCUAUAAGCUCCCGUCACCCCUCAAAUUCCCUCACUCACUUGAUCUCGAUUUCAUUUCCCUCAGCAUCACUUCCUCGAAAAAAUUCCAUUUUCGGGCACUUUUUUUUCUUAAUUUCUAGGGUUCCGUUGAGUGAUAGGAAGAGGAUCGUGCAUAAUUAAAUCCAAUGGAUUGGGGAAACGUAACCGCUGAGGAUCUGGUCGACGCGCUUCGUGAAGUUGACUGGUCGUCACCGCCGCGACCUCUCUCCGAAUUCUUCUCCCGAUUCACCGUCCCUCGAUCAUAUGCUAAAUGGAACAGCCGCCUUAAAUGCAAUCUCUACUACUAUCGAACCAAUUAUUUCAUUCUGAUUGUCCUCAUUCUUGGUUUGGGGUUCUUGAGGAGACCGGUAGCUAUUUUAGCCGCGAUUUUAACAGCCCUUAGCAUUGCUUUUCUGAAUGAUAGUUUCGCUGGUACUUUUAGUGAGAAGGUGACAAGAACUGUGAGGCAAUUCUCUCCACAUUUAGCAGCUAAGAUGAGGCCUCCCCUAACACCUGUUAUUCGUGGACGUCCAUCAGCUAAAAGAGCAAUUCACAUAUGUGGUCGGCCUCGUUGGGUGUUUGUCUUCGUAUUCUCGUCUGUGAGUUUCAUCCUUUGGUAUGUAUCCUGUGGUCUCUUGACUGUGCUAUGGGCACUUGCCAUUGGUCUUCUUGCCACCGUCCUCCAUGCAAGUUUUAGAACACCUAACCUGAAAGCUCGUCUUAACACUUUCCGUGAGGAAUUUCGUGCAGUUUGGCGCAAUUACAGUGAGCUGUAGCUUGCAUAAUCUAUAGCAAUGCUACUCUUAUAUCUUCCAUGAUUGUGGACUUUUUAGUUCACUAUCAUGAUAUGCAUAGUGGUGCAUUGGUAUCUCCUCUAAAUUCUUUCAUUUGUUUGUGUUCUGUUGUCCACACGUGCAUGAUGUUGUCAAACCCUCUCUAUAUAGUGUUACUGGUUGCUGAGUUUCUAUAAGUAUCAUUUAGUGCUUUAUUUCCAUCCGAGUAUGGUAACUUUGCAAUUGAAACAGUGCUUUUUGCUCUAGGGUUAAAUACUAGUUCAUAAAACGUUUUCUUGUGCUGUUGAAUAUGAAUAGAAUAGGGAUAUUCAAAUGAGUUCUCUUAGCUGUUGUUGAAGGCUUUGGGUCACUUCCUUGGAGAAAAGAUGGCUCUUGAAACCCCCAUCCCUGUCCCAAGUUAAAAAAGACUUGAAGCAUUGAACUGAAUAGAGAUAUGGAAAUGAUUUCUCUUUUGCGGUCUCUGAACGUUUUGGUUCACUGCCGUUAGGGUUCUACAUGAUGAUACUUGGCCUAGUGGUUAAAAAGAAAUUUUUUGCAUGUGGUAUACAACUGGAAAAGGUUUAGUUCUCUAAUAUCACUAGAGUGGUUUUGAUUUGGUAAAACAAUGUUUUUUAUGGAUUAGAUUUAAAUUUAUUGCUCUGGUUUGUUCCGGUCUGGUCAAAAUACUUUGGCUCUAUGUAAAAGGGUCAACUGACCAGACCCUUCCAAGUUUAACAACUCUCUUGAAAUUGGGAGGACUACUUGUCCCAAAUUUUGCUGUCAUGGUGCUGGUGUAUUUAUUUUUUAAUUUCUGAACUCAUAUUUUUCUCUUAUAAUUUGAACCUUCAUUUUUAUCUUUAUCAAUGUAAAUCCUUUUAUAUUUGAUUUGUAUUCUGCUUCUGGUAUGUGGGUGGUGUGGCUUAAACAUAAGGAAGAGUAAUGGUGUUCCAUUUUAUGAUUCUGAUUGUUAUUGUU